CCCAACCAACCCACCACAACCACUCCAUCCUCCACCACCGACCUCGAAUCCGACCUCCUCCUGCACCUAACCAGCACACCCGCGCUCGAAGACCUCCACGCCACACUCCUUAGCUCACUCCAACGCCUCGGAUGGACAGAACGGAUCCGGAAACUCGCGCAGGAACUCCUCCGCGGCGGACGGUGCGAGCGAUUCGACGAGGUAUUCGAAGCGGUAGUAGCGUCCGCGGAGGGGAGGAAACACCCCGUCCUAGCGGAGGCGAAUAAAGCGAAACAACAAAGCAAUGGGAAUAAUAAUAAUAGUGGUGGGGACGAGGACGGCGGUAGCGGCAUUGGGGAUCUGGAGGCGUUUGAUGUGAGGAUUCCGUCAGCGGUGGUGGAGCAGGGGGUUAGGGCGUUGAAGGAGGUUUUGAGGGAGGUGGUGGUUGCGGAG